AUGAUCGUAUUACCAGGGCAACCAGUAUCAGAUAAUUCGGAUAAAAUAAAGCACAGGGAGAGUGUAUAUGAAAGAAGUGAUAAAUUAAUUUCAUCAACUAUCGGUAAAUUGAGUAAAAGUGAAGAUUCAAUAAGAGUAGAGAGUGCCCAUAAGAAUGCACAACCAUUACCUGAAAUAGAUAGUGAAGUACUCGCUACAGUUGUACGCUUAAAUAGUAAGCAAGCAACCUUACAAUUGGAUGUGAUAGACGGAGUACCUUGUACAAACAAUUCACAAGAUAGUAGCUUUCAAGCUAUACUUCGAAGUCAAGAUGUUCGUCAAACAGAUAAAGAUAGAGUAAAAAUGUACAAUUGCGUUAGGCCUGGUGAUAUUGUUAGAGCUAGUGUUAUAAGUCUAGGUGAUGCAAAAAAUUAUUAUUUAAGUACAGCGAAGAAUGAAUUAGGUGUAGUUUUCGCUACUUCAGAAUAUGGAAACCCAAUGAUACCAAUAAGUUGGGAAUCAAUGAAAGAUAUUCAAACAGAUACAAUUGAGCAACGAAAAUGCGCUAAACCAACGCCAUUAUAGACUAU